AUGGUAAUUGACAAUAUUGGAAAUUAUGAGAAUAGUAUAAAAGAAAUGGCACUUUCCGUCGUUGUCGACUCCCCAGGCGUUGGUGAGAACCUGCAAGACCAUCUCAUGACUGGUGUUAGCUAUGAGGCGGCCAAUGGCGUCAUUACAGGUGAUCCUCUCAUGCGACAAGAACCUGCAGCUAUGGCUCAGGCGCAGGAGAUGUAUGUCAAGCACCAAAUCGGUCCAUUUACUAUUGGUGGCGUCCAGUCGAGCGCGUUCAUGCGCGUUGAUGUCGACAUCAAGGACCUAUCGAGAGAUGCACCAGUGCCAGCCCCCGCACCAGUGUCAGUACUGACUUGA